UAUCCUUUCCGGAAAAUCUGUAUGAAUACCAUCGCUACGGACGACAUUGCCAACGCCUGAUCGCAUUCCCUACCACCCACCACGACACAAUCGCACCGUGGAAAAAUUUCCGCCAUCGCAGUCCUGAGCGCAUAUCACCAAAAUGACGCGACCGGGCCUCGUUCGGGCCGACACUGUCGACCUACAAGACACCGAGAACCCCACCGCCUCCAAUCACCAGAAGCAUCCACAACCGAAUGGCAUUGCGCCGCACCAGGCCGCCCAGGUCCAACAUGCCAUGGAGGAGCGGCAUUCGGAGGAACAGAGUCUCGACAAUGUCUGGAGAGAUCAGGGCGAAGAAGAUGCAGGAGCGAACGGCGAGCAGGAAAAGACGAAUGGGGAGGAGGACCAUGGCGAAGCAGGAGAAUCGGAAGGGGAAAGCGAGGACGACAUGAUGGACAGGAUAUCGAGCUCGCCGAGCAUUGACGAUGGUGGGUUUUCUUUUCAUUCUUCGCCUCCGAUCACCGUGUGGCCGUCGUUGUCGCCGCGAUCCUGGCCGGCUCGCUAUUCUAGCUUGUCGGCUGGCACAUCGUCCGCUUCGACGCCGACUCGCGAGACUUUCAACCAGUCCGCAUGCAACUUGUCUUCGUCUUCGUCGUCGUCGCCCUUUGUCGAGUCGCCUCGAAAUCUGCCGCUACAUCCGUUGCGAUCGGUCAGAGGUAGCGUGUCCUAUGCGCGUUCACCUACGCGGUCCGAAUCCUUUUCGGGAGAGCAGCGGAUGGCGUGGUCGCCGGCAUUGGGUGACGACGAAUUUCUUUUUUCAUGCGAAUAUCAUCAGAUGGGUAAGUAUGAGACCGACCGAGGACGGUCCCUGGGACUUGACGACGAGGAGCCACGACGCCUCUGCAGUUCACACGACAUGCACAUCAAUGGGAGAGAAUCGUAUCAGUCGAAUUUCGCCGAAUCUGCAGCUAGCAAAUGCGAAUGGCACUCAGCUUUUCAGGAUGCACCGAACCAGAUCGACAGUCCACCCGGCGAACCUCCAAAUGCUUCGUUUACGAGCUGGAUAGAUGGUAAAUUCGAGCACCUGUCUGUGAUCGAUCGACAUGCCAAUUCCCACAGGCCAGCGCAGAUCGAUACACUAAAUUCGAACCCGUUCGACAAUCACCUGUCAGACUCGGCCGGCGACCCUGUAGAACAAUCUGAUGAUAAAGACACUUUCCUUGAUCCCAAUGACCGUUUGAUCGACUCUGGAUGGGGUGGCGAAUGCUUACGUGACAUAGAAGAUAUCGACUUUGAAUUCGUUUACGCCCUGCAUACAUUCGUCGCGACUGUCGAAGGUCAAGCGAACGCCACGAAAGGCGACACCAUGGUCUUGCUUGACGACAGCAAUAGUUAUUGGUGGCUCGUUCGGGUUGUGAAGGACAGCAGCAUUGGUGAGGAUCUGCUCAACCUCUACUUCGUGUUGAGUCUAGCUAAUGCAGUCAAGGAUACUUGCCUGCUGAACAUAUCGAGACUCCUACAGAGCGACUCGCCCGCCUCAACAAGCACAGAAAUAUCGACCUUUCGGCGACGAUGCUCAGUGACAACUCGGAAAAAACAAGGAAUCCCCUCAAGAAGGCGAUGCGCAGGCGCAACGCCAAGACGGUGCAAUUCGCUGCACCCACUUACGUUGAGGCUUCUGAUUAUGAUUAUUCGAGCGAUGAAGAGGGCGAGACGACUGAAUCCUAUAUCAACGGGGCGCAGGCUGCGGCAGGUACGCAGCAGGCGACAACCGAGGAGGCCGCCGCUGUCGAGCAGAAGGAGGCACCCGCAGAAGUACGAACCAGCACAUCGUCUAACAGAGCUUCGUUCGAUCGCGAACAGGCUGCCAUGGCUGCCAGUGCGCUUGCCGCUGCUGGUGUCACUGACGAUGAGCCACAGCUGUCGCCUAAGCUGAUAGACAAGACUGAGGCUGCACCAUUGAAGUCCCGAAAAGGAACUCCUCGGAACGCCGACUCCUUCCUCAAGGACGACGGCAGCGAAACACGAAAAAUCACACUUACGCCCGGUCUCCUUCGCGAAGACAAUGCGCCUCUCAAGUCACCCACGGAAAGCACUCGUACCGCUAGUAUGGAGAGUCUGACCAAGGUGUCGACAUUCGAGAGUGAUGGCAAGAAGGACAAUGAGAAGAAAAAGAAGGGCGGUAUGCUCAGCGGCUUCUUCAAGAG